AUGAUCUUGCACUCUAAUGAUAUUGCCCCUUUGGUUGAAUGGAUGAAGCACUGGGAUGCCGAAUCGCAGACUGCUGGCACCAGAACCUUCAAGACGUUCCCUCUGAAUUUUCAAUUAUUAAUGCACUCUUUCGGCUGUGUAGGUCUCAAACUCAUUAACAAAUCACUUAUUCUUUUUGACGAUGUUGACUUGCUCUUUGACACCGACCGAGGAUUCUGGCAUGCGGUUGGUAAGCUCCUUCAGAUGGGUCGACGGCCGAUAUUCUUCACCGCAUCGGAUCCUUCCGUUCUUCGUGAGAUCCCAGUUCCUUAUCGAACUUGUAAACUUCUGCCUCUAACAUCAUCCACCUUAGUGAAACCCGUCUUGCAGCGCAUUUGUGAUUCUCGCGGUCUCAUUUUAACUGAUUCGCUCAUGCUAGCCCUAACUCGUCGUGAGAAGGAAGAUUGUAGCUUUGAUAUUCCUGGUCGCAUCUCUUCCACUGCAAGUGAAUUGGUCAACAAUCAAGAAUUCUCAGAUAUUCGGCAUUCAGUCGUGCGUCUGCAGUGGUUCCUAGGUUCUGGUUAUCAAUGCCUUGAUAAUGAGAGCACUAAAAUGAGCGGUUAUGAUCUCAUAAGCGCCAACACCAAAACGUUUUAUCGUCUCUUCAGUCUUUCCCUUAAUAUUCCUCGGGAUUCCUCUCAAGAUCCUACGAAACCAAUCGGUGAUGAGUUUGCGGAUAUUUUUGCCUCUGAUGUCGAGAAAGAACCGCCGAAGUCCGAAGAACAUGAAGGGCAAACGGAAACGUCGGCUGUCGUUAGACUUUCCAUAGCUCAAUGCGAAAAAUUGUCAGUCGAUGUGCUCUCUGAACUUUGCCGUGCUACUGAAUCGCAGGCCAUUUUGGACAUGUGCUCUGCAGUUUGCGGUCGAAAUGAAAUUUCUCGAGGCAUAGAAUCUCUGCCAUUAAGCAUCAGGUCGUCCCCAAAUCUGAUGACUAGUUUUGGGGAUUUCUGUUCUGCUCCCCUCUCUGGGAUUGAUCCAGUCGGUAUCAAUGGCACUUUUGCUUGUGAAGAAGAAUGGCGUCGACUUCUACAUUUAACUACCUUGCGUAACUUUACGCGUCUAGAGCAGCAGCUACUCACUCUUCCUGUGGAUUCUGAAAGUCUCGCUUUUGGCAGCUAUGUGGACGAACACUCGACCGAGGACUCUUUCUCUUCUGCGGCUUUUGCCAAGGCCGUGGGCAGUCUUGCUAGUUUGAGAGCCUUCAGCGCGGAAAAGAAGUUGGGAGAUAGUUUUUUGCAGAGGGAAUCUGCGCUGGAUCUCCUCCCAUCAUUGAGGAGUAUUGGCAGGGCGGAGAUGUACCGAAAGGGUUUGGCUACUAGAAGACGGUUCUUCCACUACUUCGACCGGAUUGGUUUGCGUCUGCCGCAGGAUGUUUGCGAAUUUCUAUCCCAAUAA